AAUAUCGUUCAACAACAUUUACAAUAAUUCAUCACGUCCUGGUAAUGAUAAUUAUUUAACAACUUUUCAAACUAUUUGUACAUAAAAUGUUCUUCUUUUACAUAUGGACAAUACUUUUAGUCAAAUUUCCUAAAUUUUUCUGUCAAACAUAAUCAACGGCUUUUGCCUCCAAUCAACAGGAAGAGGUUGGGGAGCUCCCAAAUUCCAAACUUGACCAAAGGUGGAGAGGCAUCUCAUCUUACCACGUCACAUCAAUUUUUAUUUUAAUCAUUUUUAAUUUUUUAAAAAAAUAAAAAUAAUUUAAUUUUUUUUAAAAGAAAAACCCAUUUAUCAGUAGUUCUAUUUGCUAGUUCCAAAUUUGCAAGAUUCUUUAUCCUCCCAACUUCUUCCCUCUAACUUUACAAUGACAAACUGGCACUAACAAGAACUAAAUUCCUCCCUUCUUAACAUGCACGCGCAUGCUCUUCUUUUUUAAAGCAUCACAAUUUUUAUUUUCAUUUUCAUUCUCUCUCUUGUAAUUUUGUUCUUCUUCACUUAAACCAUAUUUCUAACCCACAAAAAUCAUAAACACCUUUUGUCUUCUUUUUCUAAAUUCCCUACUCUUUGAUUUUGUUUUUGUUUCUUUUAGCGACAGAAGAAACAAAUUACAUGAAACUACAUAUAUAUUCCCAAAAUGUAUAAUUGGGAGAAAUCCAGGUCCAAAUCCAAAUCCAAGCAUAAGUAUGGUCAUGAAUAUGAUGAUCCCCAUACCCCAACAUUAUCAUCCUCUUUUUUAAACAAAUUCAAUAAACCCCCCAAAUCCCACCACUCAAAAACCUCGCAAAAUCUUGUAUCAGACGGUCUCAACCCUGUACCUUCCAACAAAACUCACUCAGAACAAACUACGAGCACAAAAACCAGAGGAUCACCAACAGCAAGACCACGACCUACAACAUUAGAAGAUGAGAAAAUGUCGAGUCUCAGAAGGGCGUGUUUGGUGGAGAAAUGGAUGGAGAAGAAAGUAAAUGACAAAGUCAUUACUCGAGGAGUAGAGAAAAAAUCAAACUCUAGAUCAUCAUCAUCUACGACUCUGCUCGAAGAAUUCGACUUACAAGAUGCUUUGUUUUUCAGUAGUACAACGACGACUACUACAUCAACUUCAUCUUCUCCAUCAGAAACAGAGUUUCCUGAUUAUCCUGCUCCGAAGCAAAAGGAUAGAGCUAAUUGCUUUGCUCCUCCAAGGCCGAAACCAAUCAAAACUCACUCAAUCGAGUCUAAGUAUCUUAAACAACUCGACAACAACAAAGUCCUAGACAAUGAAGAUUUAACAAUGAGUUCUAGUACAACAAGAUCAAGAGCAGCUCAUUUUUACUCAAACUUGAAGAACUUAAAGCAGCCGAUUUCACCAGGGUUGAGACUAACCAAUUUCAUGAAUUCAUUAUUCGCAAAAGAGGGUAAAAACUCCAGGAAAAAGGGUAACAACAGCAUAGCUUCUACAAAACAAGGUAACACGAAAGAUGAUACUCGUUCCUACUCGUAUGACUAUUCAUCUUGCUCGUCUGCAUCAUCGUUUUCUCGGUCGUGUAUGACCAAGAACAAGAAGGUACAAGACGAAGGGGUUAAACGGACAGUAAGAUUUUGCCCUGUAAGUGUAAUUGUAGACGAUGAAUCUCAACCUUGUGGGUAUAAAUCUUUGCGAGAAGAAAAAGGAGAUCGUUUGUUAAACUCGAAAUUUGGAAGAUCUUUGUCAAAAAGUUAUGAAGAAUUAAGGAAAUUUAAUGGGUUGGAGAAAGAAAGUGAUAAAUUGCAACAACAAAAGAAACUUGAAGAAGUUGCUUUGGAUUUAUUAAGUGGUUAUUGGGAUAAUAGAUUGAGUAAAUCCCAUGAUUUGUGUAGUAAAGAGAAGAUUAAUGAGGGUAAUUAUGGAGUUAAUCGCGGCGUAAAUUAUAAUCAACAUGAUGAUGAUGAAGAAGAGGAUGAUGGGUUUAGUUGUUCUAGUUCAGAUUUAUUUGAGUUAGAUCAUCUUUCAUUAAUUGGGAAUGAACUCCCUGUUUAUGAGACUACUCAAUUUGAUAACUAAUUAAGAUUAUGUAGUGUUUUUUUUUUUUUUUUUUUU